AUAAUCCAAAAUGGAAGUUUAAAAUGGGAUAUACGAAUCUAUAUUUGGGGUCAAAUAUGAAAGUCUCAAGGAGUAUUACUGGUUUGGGGUUUUCUUCCAUCCAUUCCGUUUCUCUCACAAUCAAUCAGGUUUUUCAGCUAUCCACUAAUUCUUGCGGUCGGGUUUUGCAAUUUAUAGUUUUAUCUCUUCUUUCCUGAAUUUUUUUUUUUUGAGUAUUCCUUUGCCAAACAUAUUUUAAUUCCUUAGCACAACUAUUGUCUUUUGAAAUGGUUAUAUGCAAUUCUAAUUCUAAUUGUGAUUCUUAUGGUAUUGGUAUCUUAUGAUUGACUACCGAAUCUCCUUAUAUGUCUGCAAUUAUCAAUUGGAUUCUUUUAAUGCGUUAUUAUUACCUGUUUAUUAGUUAGGGUUUGUAACAAUUGACGUAAGUUUCUGUAAAUGAAUUCUGAAAAUAACAACAUGAAAUUCCAAAGAAAAGAAAUUCAAGGUUUUGCAGUUGAGAAAGGGGAGCUAGCAAUGUAAUUUUUAUUGACUGUAGCACCGAUUAUGAGGAAAGAAUCAAGAAUGGCAACCUCUUAUUGUUGCAAUGCCAAGAAGAUCAAAUCUGCUGAAUUUAUAGAUUGUGAACCAGGAAGCAUUGAGAAAAGUGGUUUGGAAAAUAAAUUAUGUAGACAAGAAAGGAUUGAAAUCGGUCGGUUGUUUCAAGGUGCAGUGAGUUCCCAUGAUUGGGAGCUAGCAGAAAGUUUGAUUUUGUAUACCGAUCCACAAACACUUAAUGAUGCCUUGUGUAUCACAGUAGAUUCCAUAUGGUUUUUGAGAACAGAGGUGGAACUUAAAGGGAUAACUGAAUUUAUCAAGAAGUUAGUUGCCGACGGCGCUUGUGACUUCACAAGAGCUGUUCAAAGGACUUCAUUUCUUGCUGCAUGUGUCUCUGCUUGCCAGAGCAGGACAGUAUGCCUUGCUGAUACAAUUAGUAUAAUGGCCCAAAGGUUGCAUGAGCGUCUCCAAGAGUGCAAUGGCGAUGAAAUCUUGAAGGUAGAAGCUAGUGCUAAGGUUCAAAAGUUUACUGAAUGGGCUCUAAAAUGUAUAAGCGCCCAUUCACGACUUCAGGAUGUCGAUAGUGUUGGACACAUCUCGGCCAUUGAGGUCCAGCUCCAGUUAUCUGGCUUUAAGAUGUUCCUUGAUCUUGCUGGAAAUCGCCUUACAGGGAAGGAUUUCAGCGAGGCAUUUGAUGCGGCAUGCUUUCCUCUUACUCUUUUCUCAAGCUCAUUUGAUCCAAGUUGGGCACUUGGCAUAUCAGCUACUGUGAUCCAAGGAUUACUGGGAAUGUUAGUAGAUGGUGGUGCUGACAAUGUUAAUCAGUGCUUCUUGGAGGCCUCGCGAUUUGGUAGCACAGAACUCGUGAGAAUAUUAUUGCAGAUUGCACAAAGGAAUAACCUGGAUGUUGAUGUUGACUUGGCAUUAGGCUUUGCUUCCCAUUACUGCAAAAUAGGGACUAUGGAGUGUUUGGUGGAAGAGGGGAAUGCCAUAGCAUUUCUAGGCCCUUUGAUGAGAGCUGCCGAAAGGGGCUGCAUUCAAGUUGUUGAGUGGUUUGUACAAAGGGGUAGCCGAGACAUGGAGCUAUGCCUUGCCCUUACAGCAGCCACUUCUAGCUGUCAAGUUGACAUAGCUGCAUACAUUCUUCCACACGUACCUCGGCACGUCCUUUCUACACUUAGUAUCGAAAUUAUCAAGGCUGCCGGUGAGCGCAGCGGUGGAUCUCUUGACGGCGUAGCAUUUCUGCUGCAAUCUGAUUUCUUAGGUGAUCCUGCAUCUACUUAUGCUGUUGCAGAUAUCAUUGCUAAAUCAGAGGAUGAGGGUGUUGCUUCUGAACUAAGGACUUUUCUCCAUGAGCAUUGGUCAGAAGCAGCAUACUUGGAAGGAGUAAGGCUAGGACAAGAGCAUUACAUGAACCUGUUAAGAAUCAUUAAAUGGGGAGGGUGUUUAAAAGAUCUUCCAAUUCCAUUGAUAAUUGCUAUUGCUUAUCUCCCUCUUUAUAGAGAGUGUAGCAAAGCUGGUGGCUGUUUGUUUUCCCAAAGGCUUAGGGGACAAUUGGUGGAGGCCACAAGAAGGCUUGGGAAUACUGAUGAUAGGGUGUUUGAUGAUCUUACCAAUUCUAGAGAACUUCUGCUUGUUCUAGAGCAUCACCUUCCUGAUUUUCUAGUUUCUACACGCCCAUUGACUAGCUAGAUUAAGUUAUGCUGUAAAAAAGUUGAAAAUGCUAAUUUUACGACCACAAGUCAAGCUAUAACGAACAACCUGGAGAAAAAGUUAGAAUUGUUUUCAUUAUUAUGAAGACAAUUCUAACUUCCUUUAGGUUGUUGCUUGACUUGCAAUCGUCAAAUUUGCAUUUCUUGUAUUUUUCUUAUAAUAUUUAUUUAAUUCCACUUCAUUUCAUUAUUAUUUA